AGAUUCUGGGAUGGACUUUACACGUUUCACUUCUGCUUCUGCUGCUUCUCUCUCAAAAACUAUAGGAACUAUCAUAAAACUGAAGGCAGCUCAGAGACGCGUUUUCAUACCUGACAGUUCGGACGGCUCACUUGUGCUCUUCCUCAGAGUGGUCACGUGAUGUUGCUGUGACGUGUCCGAUCAGCUGAUUUAAAGACGUUUUGGUGCUCUCUUCCAACCAGUGAAGGCGGGACGACACCACCAUCUGCAGUCCGACUCCUUCAGGACAGUAUCCCAGUGACCAAUGGAGCUCAUCCACUGCCCCGCCCCUAUCCUGGUGGAGGAGUCCUGUCUCGAAUCCUGGAUGCGGAUCGGCGCAGGAGGAUUCGGACAGAUUUACAAAGUCCGACACAAGAAACUCUGCUGCGAUGUGGCUAUCAAACUGCUGCACUAUGACGACGGAAGUGGCUCUGCGUUGCUUCGGGAGCUGGACUUCAUGCGUCAGAGCAGUAGUCCCUAUGUGAUCCAUGUGCUUGGGGUCUUCAGAGGUGUGCCCCCUGCUGGUCAAAUGCCGCGACUGGGCCUCGUCAUGGAGUUUAUGGAGAGGGGCUGCCUGGCCACGCUCCAGCGCCAUUUAGAUGGCGCCCCCCCCUGGCCUCUGGUCUUCCGACUGGCUCAUCAAGUCGCUCUAGGGAUGAACUUCCUCCAUAACCUCCAACCCCCUCUUCUGCACCUGGACCUGAAGCCGAGUAACGUGCUGCUCGACUGCUAUCUUGCAGCCAAGCUCACAGAUUUCGGGCUGGCCAGAGUUUACCACUCAACUCGUGUUUCUAAAAAGGAAAGUUCCACUGAAGAAGGAACUCUGGGAUACAUGCCUCCAGAAGCCUUCGAACUGUCGUAUCAACCGACCAAGAGCUCCGACAUCUACAGUUAUGGGAUUCUUCUCUGGUCCAUUGUCACUGGGAGACAGCCCUAUUCUCAUGCCAUGCCGUCCCUCGUGCGGCUCCGGAUCCCUCAGGGUGAUCGUCCGUCCCUGGUGGAGAUCAGAGACCAGGCUGGAGGGAUCGCUGGACUCACGGGACUGAUCGAUCUGAUGGAGAAGUGCUGGAGCAUGAGACCCUCGGAGAGACCCUCCUCUCAAGGCUGUACCCUGAUGACGGAGGAGCUGUUCAAGUUGCACAAACAUGCCGUCAACUGUGCUGUUCUUAAAGUGCUAGAAAUACUGGAUCAAACUCCCUCAGAAUGUCUCAGAGACCAACUGCAGAAACUUCAAAUCACUCAGAAAUCAGUUAAAGAGGUAAACGAUUUCUGUAACGUGCGAACAGGAAAUGGCCCAGUUCAGGAAGUAGCUGGUUACAUGAGCAAAGAGCAGAACAGAGAAAGAGAUGAGCCGGUGCCUUUCGCUGUCCCUGUGAGUGAUGAGAAACUGAGUUGUUCUCCGAGCCCAAAAUCCUCAUCUGUGAAACCGAUAAAAGCGUGCAUGCCUCCUCCUCUUACUCCCUCCUCAUCCUCCUCUUCACCCAAACACACACACCCUCGGAUGAACUUGCUCUCAAACGGCUCCUCACAAUAUAAGCGUCAGUUCUCGAGCCCGGACUCCCUGCCCACCCAUCACCCGCAGCGCCCUCCACCUUACCUAAACAUUCAUUGCAAUAAUGUAACAGGACUCGUGGUGGGAGACAACAACUACAUGCACAUCGAAGGUCUCAUCCAAUCAGAGCGCAGACGCCACCCAACAGCGCCCUCUAGGGUUGAUCUGCCGCCACAGCGCAGCGGGAAAAACAGAAAGGGAGGAGUGGGAUGAGGACCAGUAAAAACUAUGGGCUCAAAUGUUAUUUUGGACAGAAAGGAGAAAAAAGCAGAAAGGUUGCAUUCACAUUCUAGACUUUGAUGAUGUAAUAAUUUCAGAUAUAAUGUGAGAUUUAUUGUUUUUGAAAAAAAUAUCCAAACUUAUGAUCCACAAAUGUUGAACCUUAUCUUUAUUUGUUGGCUCCACAAACUUGUCAUAUUAAUCUUAUGGCUCUAAAUCCUUUCAAAUGACAACAAUCACGUCUUCGGGGUUGAAUAAUGGCACCAUUUUAUCAGGCUACUGUGAAAGAAUAAUUUCACUUUUGUUUAUUUAUACUGACAGAGAAGACAUUGAACUUUGCGUCAGUUUUUGUUACAUGUGGAUAGGCCCAGUAAUUAGAGAUAUUCACUAUAAACCAGGUCAACACAUCUUCAAUCUGACAGUUAAACAGCAAACUCCACUACAGAAUUCACUGUACCCCAUAAAGUCCAUUCACCUUCACUAUUAUGAAUAUUUAAAGGUACCGUGUAACUUUUAUGGCUACUCAAAUGAACCAGGCAAGAGGUUUUAUUCUACAUUCAUGUGGUCCUCGGGAACUCGGGUUCUGAGAUGAGAUGUCACGGUUCCGAUUUGUCUGCAAUCAUGCACUUUUAUCUCAGAAAGUCAGGAUUUUGAUGUCACCAAUAAUAAAAUGUCUGACGUUGCUCAUUGACAGCGUUUAACAGAGCUAAGUGGUAAGAUUUCAAAAGCCAAACGUUAACUUUUUAUUUUAUUAUGGCUAACAAUAGUUAAUGCUACAUCUGAGACUGUUACGGUAGUGUACGGCAGCAAAAUCCUAAAUAUAAUCAUGUUUAGCCAAAGAGCUCAAAUGUUUAAAUUGAAAAAUCAGCUGAAUUUCAUCACAUCAGUUGACGCCAGGUGUGGAAAUCGGGCAGAUGGCUCCACGUUGUUUUUCUGACUUAUGUGAUUGUUCCUGUGUAUUUUUCAUCACGGAAACAACAUUUUCCCGAGUUCCCAAGGACAACAUGAAUUGUUCAAGGACACAACAGUAGCAUGCACUAAUGGAAGCAGGAAUUGAAUCACCAAUAGCUUUUGUUUACAUUGUUAUUUAAAUUGCUCUUUUCACACUGCUGUUUUAGACAUACACAGAUCCUCAUAAAACAGUUUGAAAACCUUGUUGUUAUCUGAAGAUGAUGUCAAUAAAGUAUCCUCCUUU